AAAAAAAAAACAUGACAGCAACUGGACCGCCCGCUUGCGUCGAUUUGCCAAAUUUCUACCAAACAUCCCACCAUUUGCUUCGACGCCAUCACCACCGCCGCACGCACAUCACCCUCUGCUCUCGCCGCUCGCCAGUGCAGACGCUCCAUUUCCCGCUCGAACCAUCGUGCAUCUUUAGUCGCCAUCCCGCAUCGAUACGCCGCUCACAAUGGCCGGAGGCAAGGGCAAGUCGUCUGGAGGGAAGAGCUCCGGCGGUAAGACGAGCGCCGAGGGAGCCAAGAAGCAGCAGAGCCACUCUGCCCGAGCCGGUCUUCAGUUUCCCUGCGGCCGUGUCAAGCGUUUCCUCAAGCAAAACACCCAAAACAAGAUGCGUGUGGGCGCCAAAGCCGCAGUCUAUGUCACCGCCGUUCUCGAGUAUCUGACUGCUGAGGUUCUGGAACUGGCAGGCAACGCAGCCAAGGAUCUCAAGGUCAAGCGCAUCACCCCUCGCCAUCUCCAGCUGGCCAUCCGAGGUGACGAAGAGCUCGAUACCCUCAUCCGCGCCACCAUCGCCUUUGGUGGUGUCUUGCCGCACAUCAACCGCGCCCUCCUGCUCAAGGUUGAGCAGAAGAAGAAGGCAAAGGCCCUGGAAGCCUAGAUUGUUCCUUCUACUCCCGCGCACGAAUCGCUUUUCGCUCUUUUUUAAUACUCCGAAUACCUUUCUGUUUCGAAUCGCGGGGCGAUUGACGGGAGAUGGGCUGGAAAUCGUUGGACUGGAUGACGCUUUUUGAUUUUUAUUUUCUGCAGAGGGUAUCCGAACCUGUCAAUGGGUAUAUACAACCUGUAGGAGGCUUGGACAACUGUGCAGAUUCUGGGCGCACGGCAGCAGACUUGAAAAGGCCGAAUGACAGGACCGCGUCCUGAUGGUUUUGUCUUGGUGCCAGCCGAGCAAAUGGCUAGUCGUGUGGGUCAUGUACAACAGUUGUUUGUGUUUGGGUCUUUUUUUGUUUGAUGUUGCUCGAAGCAGUUUGGAGACAGUAGCUGAUGGGAUUUGACAUGGUGGACGAAAAAUAUCUUGUUGGGCGGCUGACGUUUGCCAGGCAAGACUAUCUUAGGGCUAGGUACUUUUAUCAAGAAAAAAAAAGGAGAAAAAACAGGCACGAUAUACGGCUCUCCUGUGCAAUAUCUGGUGCUUUGUGUUGUUUUGGUGGUUUGUUGAAGCCGUAGGACAUGAUAGUAUUCCUGUAGUUGGUGUCACUGCCGCAACGCGUUGCCUUUGUUUGCUAUCACGAAUGUCAUUCUUUAUUUGGUAAAGGUGCCUGGAAAUA